AUGCAUCAGCAGCGCAGGCCCCAUGGCGAGUCUUCCACGUCAUACAGGGCUCUACUAACACUUCUACAGCAUACAUCAGCGCUGGGCCUCCUCCUGGCCUGCACUCCCGCCCUCGCCACCCCUCUCAAUCGUCCUCCGCAACAGGCUCCAUGGCUAGCGUCCCCGCCCGCAGCACUACCGUCUCAUCCUUGGACGUCCCAAAGUAAUGCCGAUCAUGACCCUACGAGGCUACUAGAGAAGUAUGCUCCCAUACUAAAGCUCUCCAAGGACGAAAAGUACUUUCCCAGUACUGUGGACUACAUGCUGCCUCAUUACGAAUAUAUUGAGAACAUAUCGGGUGACUCAUACCCAGCUAACCACACCAUCUUGACUCCAUCUGAGCUUGAUACACUACCAUUUUCUGGCUCGCAGUUGUUCUUGUCGAUUUCUGAGCCACACAACCCGCAACCGGCUUUGCUCAAUGCCGAGUCGCAUUACCUGUACGGACCCGCAGGACAGAAAGGCGGGAUAGAUUUCAGUAGUGAGGGUGGAAGGGGAAGAGUGAACGAGCCUGUCUAUGGUUUCUGGGUAGAUCAAGGAAGAGGGAUAGUGGACUUGUGGUAUUGGACGUUCUAUCCUUUCAACUUUGGCAAGCCAGCUGGUAGAUUCGGUGUGCUGGGUAAUCAUGUCGCUGACUGGGAACACUUUCGGAUGCGUACAGUCAACGGCACCCCCAUAUCAGCAGACUUUAGCACCCACGAAGGCGGCUAUCUCAGUGCUGGAACUCUCCGAUGGGAGGAUGUAGAGAAAGUCGGAGAGAGACCUGUGGCGUAUGUGGCUAUGGGCAGCCAUGGAAUAUGGCCCGACCCGGGGGAACAUAUCGGCAAUAUACUCAAGAUCAUAGACAGUACAGACGAUUUCGGUCCCAUCUGGGAUACCAAAUCCCACGUCUUUCCCGUCCAGUACUGGACCAACUCUUCCGACCGUCAAAAGCUUCAGCAUGAGGGCGAAGAUAGCUGGCGAAAUUUCGAGGGGUACUGGGGGAACAAGGGCGAUACGGAUUGCUGGUGGCAUGGAAUAGUGGGGAUCUGUCAAGUUGUUGAUGCGCCUCCCGGGCCAAACAGGUACUUUGGAGGUCCACCAGAAUGUCUUCUGGCUCCCAUAUCAUCAUCACCCGCCUCUACCAUUUCAUUCUACCUCUCUUCUCCCGCCAUCGAUUGGGCUACCAACAACAGCAUUGCGAUGGUUCAGGUCGAGCAGAUAUGCGAGCGGCCAAAGAAAGACCGUGGAGGCGAAGAUGUGCAAAACAUGGAGUCGGACACUGAUUACGCUAAUGAUGACGAUGUUGAGGUGUACGGAGUGAAGGGAUUGACGAACUUUGUUGGUGACGAGAAGCAUUCGAUCGAGCUCCCUGCAUGUAAAGGUCUUCAGAGCGGCGUGAGAGGCUAUCGAGUCUCUCUUUGCCUCCUCAACGGUCGCUGUCUCAGCACUUCGAGAGAGCGCAAGAUAUGCGCAUACGAAGAAGGAAAGAGGGGACACAAGGCUGGGAGUGCGGUGGUGUUGGACGACGUUGACGAUUGGCUGUGGAACUUUUGA